UGACGGGAGAGCCUUCGAGUUCCGAUUCCGGGCCUCGGCUCCCGGCACGCUCAGCGGCCACCUGAAGGUUCCGCCUCCGCAUGCCGGACGCAACGUGAUGGCGGUGUCGGCGGAAGUGAAUAGAGCGGUUCCCGCUGCGGUUUUGGGCAUUAUAAUGUGAAUAGAUUUCUGACAAUCAGACCUGUCUAUGAGAAGUUAGCUGCUUUUCUAUUCCAAAACUGAAGAGCUGAUCAGCACCAUGAAGGUCUUCUGUGGGCGGGCCAAUCCUACCACGGGAUCCAUGGAGUGGCUAGAGGAAGAUGAGCACUAUGAUUACCACCAGGAGAUUGCAAGAUCAUCCUAUGCUGAUAUGCUGCAUGACAAAGACAGAAAUAUAAAAUAUUACCAAGGUAUCCGGGCUGCUGUGAGCAGGGUGAAGGACAGAGGACAGAAGGCCUUGGUUCUCGACAUUGGCACUGGCACUGGGCUCUUGUCAAUGAUGGCUGUCACAGCAGGUGCUGACUUCUGCUAUGCCAUUGAGGUUUUCAAGCCUAUGGCUGAUGCUGCUGUAAAGAUUGUGGAGAAAAAUGGCUUCAGUGAUAAGAUUAAGGUUAUCAACAAGCAUUCCACUGAGGUGACCAUAGGGCCAGAUGGUGACAUGCCAUGCCGUGCAAACAUCCUGAUCACAGAGCUGUUUGACACAGAACUGAUUGGGGAGGGAGCGCUACCCUCCUAUGAGCACGCACACAGGCAUCUCGUGCAGGAGAAUUGUGAGGCGGUGCCUCACAGAGCAACCAUCUAUGCGCAGCUGGUGGAAUCCAGAAGGAUGUGGUCGUGGAAUAAGCUGUUUCCCAUCCGUGUCCAGACCAGCCACGGAGAGCAGGUCAUCAUUCCUCCCGCGGAACUGGAGAGGUGCCCUGGCGCGCCAUCCGUCUGUGACAUUCAGCUGAACCAGGUGUCGCCCUGUGACUUCACUGUCCUCAGUGAUGUGCUGCCUAUGCUCAGUGUGGACUUCAGUAAGCAAGUCAGUAGCUCAGCAGCCUGCCAUAGCAAGAAGUUUGAACCUCUGGCAUCUGGACGAGCUCAGGUGGUUCUCUCGUGGUGGGACAUUGAAAUGGACCCUGAGGGGAAGAUCAGGUGCACCAUGGCCCCCUUCUGGGCACACUCAAACCCAGAGGAGCUCCAGUGGCGGGACCAUUGGAUGCAGUGUGUAUACUUCCUGCCACAAGAGGAGCCCGUCAUCCAGGGCUCAGCCCUCUGCCUGGUAGCCCACCACGACGACUACUGUGUGUGGUACAGCCUUCAGAAAGCCAGCUUUGAAAGGAAUGAGAGAGUCCACCCAGCACGCCCCGUGUGUGACUGCCAGGCUCACCUCCUCUGGAACCGGCCUCGGUUUGGAGAGCUCAAUGAUCAGGACAGAACUGAUCAAUACGCCCAGGCCCUGAAGACGGUGCUGAAGCCAAACAGUGUCUGCCUGUGUGUCAGCGAUGGCAGUCUGCUCUCCAUGCUGGCCCAUCACCUAGGGGCAGAGCAGGUAUUUACAAUAGAGAGUUCAGCAGCUUCUCAAAGACUGAUGAAAAAAAUCUUCAAAGCUAACCACUUGGAAGACAAAAUUAAUAUAAUAGAGAAACGGCCUGAAUCUUUAACACCUGCAGACUUGGAGGGUAGAAAGGUCUCUCUUCUCCUCGGCGAGCCGUUCUUCACCACCAGCCUGCUGCCGUGGCACAACCUGUACUUCUGGUAUGUUCGGACUGCCGUGGACCGGCACCUGGGGCCUGGUGCUGUGGUGCUUCCCCAGGCUGCCUCGCUGCAUGCUGUGGUCGUGGAAUUCAGGGACCUGUGGCGGAUCCGGAGCCCCUGUGGUGACUGUGAAGGCUUUGAUGUCCACAUCAUGGAUGACAUGAUUAAGGCCUGGGAGGAGCCACGGCGUCGUCUUGUGGAUGGAACACCACCUGACUCCGGACAGCACGGUCAGCACCGGCCUCCUGAAGUCUGCAGAGGACAAGGAAGACUGUUGCUGGAAUCCCCACUGCAAGCAGGCUGUGUACUUCUUGAGCACUACACCAGACCCUGGGGCACUGCCAGGCAGCCCUCGCACAGUCAGCUAUGCUGUGGAGUUCCACCCCGACACCGGAGACAUCACCAUGGAUUUCACACUCUCACACACCUUGGACAGUGGGUGCUGACCCCUCACUUGUUAAGAAAUAAAGUGGCUCUGGGCUCUGAAUGGCGUGGCUUUCUGAGUAGGAAGGUGAAGGUGCCCCACUUUUCAGGGCACAGCUCAGCCUCUGGGCUUGAGGAGACCUCUUUCCUUUUUACAUUUUUGCAUGCUGGCUCCAGGUGUGGUGGGCAGUAUGGCUGCUGGCUGAGCUGAGGAAGGUCUAGGGAG